AUGGGCCGCGUCAGCCAUGUUGUUGGUCGAGUGUCCGCAGCAACAGGUGUACAGGCGCGUGGCGCCACCAUGGAUCGCAAGCAGAUGUGCUGCAAGGUCUCAUACCCGUUGCUGGCAGGGAUCUUCUCUGGGACGAUGGGGGCCACGCUGAAGGCUGUCCAGAGUUACGUGGACACCGAGGGGUGGAUCGAGAAAAAUAUCGCUUUUGACCCCACUGCUUUCGGCACCUUUGGAACUUGCCUUGGUUUUCUGAUUGUCUUCCGCACUGCGCAAUCUUAUGGCCGAUUCUGGGAGGGAAUCGAUAUGGUCUACGAGAUCAUGGGCCACUGGUUUAAUGCAGCGAGCAAUGCCUUGGCCUUUACGCGGGCACCGAAUUCCAAAGCCUCCGCGAAGGACGUGGAUGAUUUUCAUCAGCUUGUGGUGCGACUCUUCAGCUUGCUGAAUUGCGUGGUGCUUCAGGAGCUAGAGGGCCUUGAGGUGCGUGCCGGCAAGCUCAACUUUACCGUGCUUGACCUCUCCCGCCUGGACAAGCAGACGCGCUUUUCUGUUCUGCAUCCGAAGGAUCGCAGUCGACCAGAGCAGGUCUACCAUGCGAUCAGCAAGGUCAUGAUGCGGGCAAUCAAUGAUGGUGUAAUGGCCGCUCCGCCCCCUGUCGUGAGCCGUGUGUACCAUGAGAUGGGCCUGGGCAUGAGCAAGAUGCAUGCAGCUAUGCGACUGGGCACUGUGGAUUUCCCGGCACCGUAUUUGUUCGCUCUCAAGGCUAUGCUUUGCAUCUACAUGUUUUUGACGCCCGUUGCCGUCAUCGGCUGGGCGCAGACCAUCGCUUUCGCAGGCUUCUUUAGCAUGCUUUUAGUUUUCGCCAUGUGGGGACUUCUGACACUGGCGGCCGAGCUGGACAAUCCCUACCUGAAGACAGGUUUCAGCUUCGAUAAAGAGGUGGUGCAAGGAAAGCUCAACAAAGCCCUUAUGACAAUCUUGUUGGAGGAGAGUCGGCCGGUCGCCCAUCUGGAAGAGGCUACUGCAUCCGAUAUGCUCUCUGCUGAUGAGUUCUCUGCGGCUGAGUACACACUGGAGGACUUGAAGCUGAACACCUUCGACAGGCUUUCCCAGGUCCUUCCAGGCCAGGCGGACUAG